AUUUUCAGCAGAUAAGGCUUGAGGUCUCUCUCCUUACCACUCCUGAACUUCAGCCCCCAGACACACACACUCUCUCUCUGUGACAUCAUGUUCUCUCUAACUGUAAACACUCCCAAACCCCUCUCUCUUCCCUCCACCUUCCUCCCCCACCACCCUCUACCCUUUCCCCAGCACCAGCACCAGCACCAGCACCACAAAGCUUCACUCUCAAAACCCAUCUCAGCCACCAUAACCCCAUCAUCACCCAACCCCUCUCAACAACAACAACAACUCUACCAACCCUUCCGCCCACCCCCAUCUUCUCUCCCCUCCAAAUUCAGCUCUCUCGACAUCGCCGGCCGCCUGGACAUCCUCGCCAACCGUCUCGGCCUGUGGUUCGAAUACGCCCCUCUCAUCCCCUCCCUCUUCCAAGAAGGCUUCUCUCCCUCCUCCGUCGAAGAAAUCACCGGCAUCUCCGGCGUCGACCAGAACCGCCUCGUCGUCGCCGCCCAAGUCCGCGACUCCCUAAUCCAAUCCUCCACCGACCCCGCCACCCUCUCCUUCUUCGACAACGGCGGCGCCGAGCUCCUCUACGAGAUUCGCCUCCUCAGCGCCUCCCAACGCGCCGCCGCCGCACGCUACGUCGUCGAGAACAAGUUCGAUGCGAAGGGCGCUCAGGAUCUGGCUCGAGCCAUGAAGGACUUCCCUCGCCGCCGCGGAGAUCGAGGUUGGGACAGCUUUGAUUAUGCUCUUCCUGGUGAUUGUUUAUCGUUUAUGUAUUAUAGACAAGCCCUAGAGAAUAGAGACCCGUCGGAGGAGAGGACGGCGGGGUUGCAGGUGGCGUUGGAGACUGCAGUGUCGGAGGCCGCGAAGAAGAGGGUUUUGGGGGAUUUGGAAGGGAGUGGUGGUAAUGGGAAGGACAAAAUUGGGGUUGAAGAUGGGGCUAGGGUUCCUGUUGUGAGGAUGAAGGUGGGGGAAGUGGCGGAGUCCACUACGGUGGUGGUGUUGCCGGUUUGUGAGGCAGAGAAGAUGGAGAGACAGUUGGAGGAGGUGCCGUGGGAAUGUGGGAAUGAAGGGGAAUUCGGCGUGGUGGUGGCGGAGAAAGGGUGGAAUAGGUGGGUGGUGUUGCCGGGUUGGGAACCGGUUGUGGGGUUGAGGAGAGGAGGAGUGGUGGUGGCGUUUGCGGAUGCAAAGGUUUUGCCGUGGAAGGCAAAUAGGUGGUACAAGGAGGAGGCGAUUUUGGUUGUGGCGGAUCGGGGGAGGAAGGAGGUGGAGGUGGAUGAUGGGUUUUAUUUGGUGGCAAAUAAUGGUGAUGGUAAUGAUAGUUAUGGAUUGAAGGUCGAGAGGGGUUUGGCAUUGAAGGAAAAUGGUGUAAAGGAGAGUUUAGGGACUGUAGUGUUGGUUGUUAGGCCACCAAGAGAAGAGACUGAAUAUCAAUUGAGUGAUGAAGAUUGGGAGUGAAACAAAAAGUCUGAUGUAAUAUGUACCCAUUUUGUUCAUGAGUUUUGAUAAUGGUGGGAAUUGAAAAUUCAAAAAUGUGAAGAAGCGUUUCAUUUUAAUCACUUGUAAAAGGAUGAUUCUUGUUUAAUUAGAGAGGUAGUUAAACCUCCAUUGUUUUGUUUAAUCGGAGGAUUCAAGAUUUGUAUUGUAUGGGUAACCAAACCAACAAGUUAUAGCUUAAGGAGGCAUCACAUUGAGCUCAAGAUGAAGGGAAGUUACUCAGGAAUGUGAGUCAACAAAGGUAGAGUAGAAUUUAGGUACAUUUCUUCAAGUUGUAAUGUCCUUCUAUGUACUCAUAAAAUUCAAUAAAAAUAAAUAAAGCCUGUUUUUUUUGUUUUA